UUUGUUUUGAUGCGGAUUUUUGGCGAUGUUUUCAUUUGUUUCCGCUAUUCUGCGAAUGGUUCAAAUUGAAGCAGCAUUUUCACAUUUAUUUUAAACAUCAAAACCAAGAGAUUCGUAAGUCAAACUCGUAAUUCACGGACAAGCUCAUUUGUUGAACGAAGGCAGUAUGUACUUCAGAUGGAGGAAGAUAUCAGUUAUUACGUGUACAUCUCACUGACGCUCAUUCCAGUAUAUUUAGCAUUUAAACUCGUGCAGUGGAUGGGCUGGGAAUUGUUUGUUAACAACUAGGUGCAAGAGAGGUGCUGUAGAAUAUGCAGAACAAAUAAAAUG